AUGCCUCCUAAAUUUCCUCCUAAGAUUAGAAAAUUUGAUUUUGGAUGUGAGAAGCGUAAGAAAAAGAAAAUACUUGAUGAACUAACUCAAUCUCAAUCAGGAGCUCUUGAUAAAUUUAUUAUAAAAGAACCACAAAUUUCUGUUGAAAAUCAGAAUGUUGAUGUUGAAACUAUUGAAAAUAUGGAGGAAAAUGCUAAUGUUAAUGCUAAUUUAGAUGUUGAAAAUGUUGAUGCUGAAAAUGUUGAUAAUACUAAUGACAAUGGUGAGGAUAUAAAUAUAUUUGAUUCAUCAGUAUGGGAUUCUCUUGAGUCUAGAAUGAUUGAUUUAUUAGCAAUAAAAGGUCCUAAAAGAGAUUUAUCUAUGGUGAAGGGUCCUAAAGAUAAAUCAUCUAGACAUUUUACAAAUAAUUUGUAUACUAGAGUUUUACCAAAUGGAGAGAAAUGUGAUAGAGAUUGGCUUGUUUAUUCAAAAAAGCUUGAUAUACUAAAGAUUUUUUUUGGAGUUGUUCAACGCAUUUAUACUAUUUUUGCUAAUUCAACUAAGAGAUGGCAAAUUUUGAAAGAUAAUGUGAAAUGGUUGACUCCAAAAUCAUUGUCAUCCACUCGUUGGGAGAGUCAUGUAGAUAGUGUCAAAGCUAUUAAAACUCAAAUUUCAGAUUUUAGAGAAGCUUUACUUGAAGUAUCUGAAAAGGAUCUUGAUUCUAAAAUAAGAAGUGAAGCUAAAUCCUUGGCAACAAAUGAGCUUGGUGAUUUUGAGUUUUUAAUGUCGAUAAUUAUAUGGUUUGACAUAUUAUCCGUAAUUAAUGUGGUUAGCAAGCUCUUACAAUCAAGGGAUAUGGUUAUUGAUGUUGCUAUGGAAAAAAUAAAAAGGUUGAUUUCAUUUUUUAAGAAAUAUAGAGAAACUGGUUUUAAAAAUGCCUUGAAUUAUGCUACGAAAAUUGCCCUUGAAUUGAAUAUAGAUCUAGUAUUUCCACAAAGGCGUAUAAUUCGAAGAAAAAGACAGUUUGAUGAGAGUUUGAAUACCCCGCAAACUGAGCUAUCUGAAGAGGAAUCUUUUAGAGUUGAUUAUUUUCUUUACCUUGUUGAUCAAGCUAUUGUAUCUCUUAAUAAGAGAUUUGAGCAAUACCAACAAUAUGAAAGUGUUUUUGGUUUCUUAAUUACUUCUCAAAAUUUACAAUCAUUAGACAAUGCAACUUUAGAGUCUUGUUGUAGUCAUUUUGAAAAGGCAUUGAAACAUAAUGAGCAAUGUGAUAUUGAUGGAAAAGAAUUAUGUGUGGAGUUAAAGUUUCUAAGAGAUAUGUUGCCUAUAGUAAAUAUUGGACCUAUUGAUAUAUUAAGGUAUUUGAAAGGCAUGGAUUUUUUUCCUAAUACACUCAUUGCAUAUAGAAUUUUGUUGACUAUUCCUGUGAUAGUUGCCUCGGCAGAAAGAAGUUUUUCAAAAUUGAAGUUGUUGAAGUCUUACUUGCGGUCUACCAUAUUACUAGAAAGGCUUAAUGGGUUAGCAUUGAUAGCAAUUGAGAAUGAUUUGUUGGAGAAUAUACAAUAUGAAGACUUGAUUGAAGAAUUUGCUUCAAAAAAUGCUAGAAGGGAGACUUUUUUCAAGUAG